GCUCGCGCCACGCCAGUCCCGCCGGCCAGCACCGGCGGCGGCGGCGGCGGUUAUGGUGGCGGUGAUGGUGGCGGUGGCGGCGGCGGCUUCCGAGACGCGUGGCCGGCGGGGAGGGAGGGGGACGAGCGCGCGAGUGCUUUCCACGCGGCGAUGCGUGCCUCGGGCCGCAUCCAGACCUUUGACGAGUUUUGGAGGCGCCACUGCCGCUGGAUCUCCAACCUAGCCUUCGCCUCCUUCUACGUCGGCUCCGGCUCCGUCUGGGGCGCCGUCGUGGUCUUCUUCUUCGCGCUGUUCGACGACGCGUCGAUGGGCGCCGUGUACGUCUUCGUCGGCAUCUGCUCGACCGCCCUCUUCGCCUCCCUCGUGCUCGUCGUGACGGUGCUGCAGGAGCCAAUCUCCGCGCGCAUCGAGACGUGGAGUCGCGAGGGUCGUGUAAAGUAG